GCAGCUUUAUGUGUGGCCGCACUCUAAGUAAACAGUUUGCGAGUACGAGCGAGUUAACCAAACUCGAAUACGAGACUCGAGUCAGUUGGACUCGCAUAAAUAGAAUCGAGUUAGCGAGUCCGAAUCGAUUCUUCAUGACUCGAGUUCUAAAGCAGCAAUCGACUCUGACUCGAGUCAAACCGUACUCGGCACAUCGCUAACAAAUCCACCAUUUGCGACUAUUACUAACAUGGCCGCAUGAGUUUCUGAUUUUUCUUUAUUGUUUGCCAACGUAUGAAAAUGAUAUAGUAGUGGUGUUUGCAAAAGCAGGAAAAAUAAGCAGCAAUAUUCGUUCUACACAAAAUAGAAGGAGGCGAAGUGAAAUACUCAUUUUACUUCGCAAGAUUUUACCGGUCCUCUACUUUACUCCUCCCACAAGUAGAUUAUCGAAUAUUUCUUAAUUAUAUAUUUCCAACAGCAAAAUGUUACAAGAACAUCAUCAUAUUCCUCAGAAUGGUAUGCAGAGGAAUGCUAGAACUUUAGACAGGACCGGUAAUACAGAAAUUGAACGAAGAUCCGACAAGCUACAUAUAGUGCCUUUCUUUGGCAGAGGAUGAAAUUUUGCAACCUUCCAACAGUUUUGGAAAAGUAUUUGCUAUUAGGCAACAAUUAAUAAUAUGCGUUAUGGCUGGUAAAAUGUGCGGACAGCGUAAAAGUGACAUUUUUAUAUUAAUACCAUCCGCCCCAGUUGCAAGAGUUUUUAUUUCAUAAAGAUAUUUAUAAAUAAUGGCUUCAGAAACAGGUUCAAAUGAAAAUAACCUAUCAAAAUCCUUACGGAAAUUGCUAUUGUAAAAGUGAAAUUUUUCAGUAUCAGGAUCAUUGUUUGAUGACAGAAUCAGAAAAUGCUUAUUUAUCUCAUUCGGAUCAUCAAACUGUGCAGGAUGCAGAUGCAACAGAUGGGACCACCCCCAAAUCAAAGAACCCCAAUGCUAAUGAGCAUGCCUGCUACAGAUUUAAGAUAUAUUAUCAUGUAUAACAGCUAUGAGCAUGUGGAUGCCAACGUGGUAGUUUUUAGCAGAUGUUUCAUUGUAAGCACAUGACAAAUACCCUCUUCACAUGAGAUAAGGUGCAUCUCUUGGGGUAUAAUUCAAAAAAACAUUUGCUAGGAAUAGUUUUUUUGCAGGAGUGUUAGUGUCGAUGUCAACUGGUCCCACAUUAAUUACCACUACAUCGAUCCCCCAACAACCAGCUCAGCAACAACCUCCACAACCAAAACAACAGCCCCCAAUUCAACAGGUGUACCAUUAUGAUAACCCAGCAGCUAUGCAACAGCAAGUAGAACAGGAACAACACACUACAGAUCACCAGCAUCAGCAAUCAAACACUAAUACUUUGUCUAACCAGCCCAAUGCUACUUUGGCAAACAUAAAAGAAAAAACACCAAUGUGCUUGGUGAAUGAACUAGCAAGAUACAACAAAGUCCAACACCAGUACAGGCUGACAGGGGAGCAGGGACCUGCACAUAAAAAAAUCUUCACAGUCACUCUGAAGUUAGGAAACGAGGAAUACGAAGCGGAAGGUCCUAGCAUCAAAAAGGCCCAACACUCUGCAGCUGCCCAGGCCCUGGCCAAGACCGAAUUCAAGCACCCUCCACCGAAAACUGUCAGAAGUAGACCUGGAACGCGGCCUUCUAAUCCUGGCGUCGUCACUCCAACAGUUGAGUUAAAUGCUUUAGCUAUGAAACGUGGAGAACGCACUGUAUAUGUCGUUGAGAAUGGAGGGUUGCCACCUCAUCAGGGGUAUCUAACCCAGACAGGGUACUAUACUCGGCAUAACAUGUACAAUGCCCAACAACAGCCACAACGUUUUCCGUACGAUGGCAGGCGCAACAUCAGGGGCCACUAUCCGUACCAUGACAACAGGUACUACGGUCAGUUCAGGCCCGGCGCUCCGCAUAAUCCUGGGGACCCAUACACAGUUCGACUGAGGGUGGGUGAAAGAGAGUACCCUGGACAGGGAUACACUGUGCAAGCUGCCAGGCAUGAUGCUGCCGCUAAGGCGAUCGACCACAUCAAACAACUUGAACAAAACGAUGGAAGUCCAAAUUCCAGUGUAGACAGUGCAGGCCAAAUGCAAAAUGGAGGCGAACCCUCUGCACCAGAGAGCGUGUCUAGUGAUCUCAACACUGAUCUGAAAUCGCCAAUCUCUUUGGUCUACGAAAUAGCGCUUAAAAGGAACCUGAACGUUACAUUUGAAGUAUUGAGCGAAAAGGGUCCACCGCAUAUGAAAGUGUUUGUAACUGAAUGUCGUGUGGGCAACUUUGUCGCUGAUGGUGAAGGCAACGGAAAGAAGAUAUCCAAGAAACGUGCUGCUGAAAAAAUGUUGGAAGAGCUCUCCAAACUGCCUCCUUUACCGGCUAUUAUGAAUAUCGCCCAGCUUAAACGUAAACGAGUACCUAACAAGAAGAAAACCAGAAAUCUCAUCAAGGUGAACGUAGACAAAACCAACGAGAACGUCGAUGAAAUCAACCCGAUAUCUCGACUGAUUCAAAUCCAGCAGGCUAACAAAGAACGGGAACCAGUGUACACAGUAUUAGAAGAACGCGGUGCCCACAGAAGGAGGGAAUUCGUUAUAGAGGCGUCCGUCAAUGGUCAUUCUUGUACUGGCGUUGGCCCCAACAAGAAGAUCGCCAAAAGAAAUGCGGCCGAAGCUCUCUUGGUUGAACUUGGCCAUUCCACGAAUACAUCAAACAACAAACAAUGUUGCCCUAAGACAGACAAGGAACCAGAACAAGCAAAUAUGCAUUGCAAUGACAAAGGGAGAAAGGUGACUUUUGUGGAGGAGAAUCAACAGGAACACCAGGCGCCCCAGUGCAUUGGUGGCAGCGGAGGACGGCAGUUGGUGCCAGGCGUCUUGCUAGUUACUGAUCAGUCGUCCACAGGUUUCCAGAAGCAGAAAGAUGCAGCUGGAGGAGACAAACCGAUUCAGGUUCAACAGCAGCAGAUCAAGGGACCACCUCCCAUUCAGGGCGUGAGGUCUAAAGACAAGCUGCUUUAUCUGGCUCAGCUGUUGAACAUCCAGGUUCAGUUCUCCGACUUCCCGAAAGCCAACCAUGAAAUGUACCUGACGCUGGUCUCUCUAGGCACCAAUCCGCCGCAAGUAUGUCACGGUGAGGGCUCUACAACGGAUGCCUCCCAUGAAAAGGCUGCCCUCGAGGCACUUCGGGUGCUCUCCGAACUCGGGUUAGACAUCGCGCUCGGCAAAGAGAAUGUUACUACCAACGGGUAAGCAGUAUUCCUCCGGUGGUAUCUGUG